UUCUCCAGAGCGCAGGCUGGGUCCGACGCGCCCGGGGAGCCCAGAGCACCCUACAGGCUGAGUGCAGGACGCGCCCCCCAGCACAGCCACCCCACGGCCCCUGGAUGAGGCUUCCCGGCGUCCGCUCGCUGCCCGCAGCGCCGCGCCGGAGGUCCGCCCGCUGAGGCGCGGCCGGUGCGCCGGCAGCCAGUGCGCUCACCUGCCAGCCUGCGCGCCAUGGGGCAGCCCGGGAACCGCAGCGUCUUCUUGCUGGCGCCCAACGGAAGCCACGCGCCGGACCAGGACGGCACGCAGGAACGAAACGACGCGUGGGUGGUGGGCAUGGGCAUCGUCAUGUCGCUCAUCGUCCUGGCCAUCGUGUUUGGAAACGUGCUGGUCAUCACGGCCAUCGCCAAAUUCGAGCGUCUGCAGACGGUCACCAACUACUUCAUCACCUCCCUGGCCUGUGCUGACCUGGUCAUGGGCCUGGCGGUGGUGCCCUUUGGGGCCAGCCACAUCCUCAUGAAAAUGUGGACCUUUGGCAACUUCUGGUGUGAGUUUUGGACUUCCAUUGACGUGCUGUGUGUCACGGCCAGCAUUGAGACCCUGUGCGUGAUCGCCGUGGAUCGCUACUUUGCUAUCACGUCGCCCUUCAAGUACCAGAGCCUGCUGACCAAGAAUAAGGCCCGGGUGGUCAUUUUGAUGGUGUGGAUCGUGUCGGGGCUUACCUCCUUCUUGCCCAUCCAGAUGCACUGGUACCGGGCCACCCACCAGGAAGCCAUCAACUGCUAUGCCAAGGAGACCUGCUGUGACUUCUUCACGAACCAAGCUUAUGCCAUCGCCUCCUCCAUUGUGUCCUUCUACCUACCCCUGGUGGUCAUGGUCUUCGUCUACUCCAGGGUCUUUCAGGUGGCCCAAAGGCAGCUCCACAAGAUCGACAGAUCUGAGGGCCGCUUCCACGCCCAAAAUCUCAGCCAAGUGGAGCAGGAUGGGCGGAGCGGGCAUGGACAUCGCAGGGCCUCCAAGUUCUGCUUGAAGGAGCACAAGGCCUUGAAGACUUUGGGCAUCAUCAUGGGCACGUUCACCCUGUGCUGGCUACCCUUCUUCAUCGUCAACAUAGUGCACGUGAUCCAGGAUAACCUCAUCCCUAAGGAAGUUUACAUCCUCCUAAACUGGGUGGGCUACGUCAACUCUGCUUUCAAUCCCCUUAUCUAUUGCCGGAGCCCAGACUUCAGGAUUGCCUUCCAGGAGCUUCUGUGCCUACGCAGGUCUUCUCUGAAGGCCUAUGGGAAUGGCUACUCCAACAACAGUAACAGCAGAACAGACUAUGCGGGGGAACACAGCGGAGGUCCCCUGGGGCAGGAGAAAGACAGCGAAGUGCUGUGUGAGGACCCCCCAGGCAUGGAAAACCUUGCAAACCGUCAAGGUACUGUGCCUAACGAUAGCAUUGAUUCACAAGGGCAGAACGGUAGCACAAACGACUCACUGUUGUAAGGCGGGUUUUUCUACUUUUUAUGACCCCCCCCCCCAGCCAAACACUAAACAGACUAUUUAACUUGAGUGUAAUAAACUUAGAAUAAAAUUGUAUAGAGAUGUGCAGGAGGAAGGACAGCCUUCUGCCUUUUUUUUUAUUAUUAUUAUUUUUUUAAGCUGUAACAAAGAGAAAACACAUUCGAGUGAUUGUUUCUUGUCCAGUUCAGUUCCUUUUUGCAUGGAACGUGUUAAGUUUGUGUCUGAAGGGCUUCGGUCCCAGAGGACCUGGGGCUGCUCUGUUUUGAUGACUUUUCCGUGGAUCUACCUCAUUGGUCAAGUAUUAGGGGUAAUAUAUAUUGCUGCUGGUAAUUUGUAUCCGAAGGAGUCCUUCCUUCCUGCACCCUUGCACUGGAGGAUCUUGAGUAUUUCGGACCUUUCAGCUGUGAACGUGGACUCUCCCCACUCCUCUUAUUUGCUCAAACAGGGUGUCGUAGGCAGAGAUUGGAGGGGCAGGCUUCAGUUGUUUUCCUGAGCAAAGUCUAAAGUUUACAGUAAAUAAAUUGUUUGACCAUGACUUCAUUGCACCUGUUUCUCCAAAAACCCUUGACUGGAGUGUGGUCGCCUCCCCCGCUGGAAACCGCAGGUAACUAUUUGUAAUAACUGCCCAGGGACUUAAUAUGGAAUGAUACGAGAAUGGCAUGCACUGAUUGCUUAACCCUUUCUUUUGCCUUUGAAUCUGCCGCUGCAAACCUGUAGCCCUCCCAGUGCCAGCUCGGCAAAGCAGUUCUCCCUGCUGACAGCAUAGCUUGUCUCGCUGGUCCUAUGGUGAUCAUUCUGUGUUGUUACAUCAGAAACACUGACUCAUAGAAACCGAGUUACGGACAUCUGUUUCGUCCCUCCGUGCACCCUCACCACCCACCUUCCAGUUCCAGUAGCUGCUUAUGUUAUGUAUUCGCUGCAUCUCAUAGGGGAGGUGUUUGUACUGCAUCGGGGUUUGGCAUUUUAAAGAUAAAGGAGGGAGUUCUUAGGAAAAAGCUACUCAAGCACAGCCCUGUAAUUCCAAAGAAAACUGAGAGGGUAUUGGUCAUAGGGAGAAAACUGGAAAACACUUAACCGAUGAAUACCUCAUGACCCGGGAAACAGGAUUUUAACCCCUUCUCUUUCUUUACUUCUGUCUCUUCCUGCCCAUCCCCCUCUUUGACCCUCCUGACUUCAGUAUAAAGCGAGAUGUCUCAGCCUCGGCACUAUUAACAUUUUGGGCCAGGUAGUUCUCUGUGGUGGGGGCUGUCCGAUGCAUCGUCAGCAUUUCAACAGCAUCCCCGGCCUCUACCCAGUAGAUGCCAGGAGCACCCUCUGAAUUGUGACUACCAGAAAGGUCUCCAGACCCUGCCAAAUACUCCUUGAGGGGUGAGACCACCCCUGGUUGAGAUCCGCAGAUAUAAGCUUCACAAAUCUAAACAGAUUUUUAGAGUCUGUCUAAUGCAAUCGCUUGAUUUUGCAAAGCAUCCAAGAGGGAUUUUCCAUGGUUCGCCCAGUUAGUGACAGACCCCAGACCAUCGCUUUCCCCUCCACCCCCCCUGCCUUCCAAACUGGCCUUCCAGCUGCCCUGCCAAUGGCUGGAUUUGUGCAUUGUUUGUUUGGUCGGGUUUAUCAAUGGAGGUGAGGCCGGGGAGUCUAAGACGGCCUUUUCGUGGAGAGAUUCUAAUACCCUUAAGAGGCACAUGAGGGAAAAUCACAAAAGUAAACACAUUUCUUCUCCCACCCCCUUUCUAUUUUUGCACCGUGUGUCUGAGCCAGAGCUUGGCCCAGGUUUGACGGAGAGGACCGUCCUCCCUGGCAACGCCAGCCUGGGGAGGAUCAGCCUCCAUGUUCAUUGCCAUUUCACCCGCUCACCAAGCUGACUCCACUUCUGUCUUCCCUUCUGUCCCAGCCAAGAUCCCCAACCAGAAAAGCAUUGGCUUCCUCUGCCUCCUGUCAGCUCAGUGCUGGGUGUCCGGGUGCACACUCAGCUCUUGGGAGAAAGUUAGGUGCCCAAGGUUUUGGAACGUGCCAUAGCCAGUUGGAGGGUGUGUGCCCUUCGGCACUUUUGCUUCUCCAAGGGCUUUCAUGCCGGUUGUCACAUUCUCCUCCUGCUCGGGGGCCCACACCCAGAGGGGCAGGCAGCUUCUCCAGCAUAUCUUCACCCUUCCGGUAGCCUCACAGCAUCUUGGACUUGAAAGAGUCUACAGAAAGCAUUUGGCAUCCAAAGAGAUGAAAACCUGGGAGGGGGAAUGGCCUGUCCAAGGUAAGAAGCCAAGGAUGUCAGAGAUGGGGCUAUGGCCGGGGAGCCUGGCUGUCACCUGUUAUUCCGGGAGCUGAUGUGCUCUCUCCACCGGAUUGUCAUUGACUUCUGCGUUCACCCUCUGUUGUGGAAGCUUCGCCCUGGGGCUGUCCCCUAACCAAUUCAUUCCGGUGGAUGUUCUUAUUGCUUUUGGGUCCUUAGCACAAAAAUCAGGCAAUGACCGAAUAAUCUGUGGUAGGGACAAGAGAAAGAAUUGUUCUUUUCCUCAGCAAGAGUCCACUAGGACACCCUCAGCAUUUAGGGGGAAGAUACAAGAGUCCUUAAGCCACCGGGAAUUUCACGCCACUCCAGGUAGAGAUUUCAGGUAGAAAAAAAAAAAAAAUGUUGUAAACUUUUCUGUCAUCGUUGUAAGUCCCGUGGACAAUAAACGUUGUUAACCAAAAAGAAAAAAAAAA